AUGAAUCAAGGCUUUCUUCCACCAUCACCAUUGUUUUGCAUCUCUUACCACACGCCACUAAAGUUGUCACCAACAAGCGCGCAGGAGCCGUGGGUUCGCCAUGUGCCCUGGGAAGAGCCUGUGGCCUUCGAGCAAAGCUGGUGGUGGGCUUCGGCCGCUGUGGCACCCGCGACGCCGGUGGCAACUUUUGGCCAACUGCUGGCGGCUGCCGUCGCAUUGCGCGUGUCGCACGUGGCCCAACUCGCAGGUGCCAAAGACGCGCCUCACCUGGGCCUCCUUUUCUCCGGGGGGUUGGACUCCACGGUCCUUGCAGCCCUGGCAGCCGAGGCAGUGCCGGGGUGUACGAUCGAGCUGCUCAAUGUAGCCUUCGACGGCUCAGCGCCAGACCGCCUCACGGCCCUCUGCAGCUACGAGGAUCUCGUGCGGCAGUACGGAGCUGAGCGCUUUCGGCUGGUGCUCUGCGACGUCACGCAGCAGGAGGUCUACGAGGAAGAGCUGGCGAUCUGUCGGCUUUUGGGUCCCAAGGCAACGCACCUGGACUUCAACAUCGCUGCAGCCCUUUGGUUUGCUGCCCGAGGCCGAGGGCUCGUUUGCCCCGCCGGCGUUCUCGAGACUGGCUGGUGGCCUUCUGCCAAGGCAACGCAGGCCAUGGAAGCCGUGCAGCUUGAGCCGCUGAAGCCCAUCGAACGAGGAGGCCCGGCGGCACCUGCAGAGAGAUUGCCCUGCGUGCGCUGCGUUCUUCCGGCCAAGCCAGGUUGCCCCCACGGUGCCUGCAAGCUCUGCUGCCGAAAGCUGCGCCAGGCGGCUGGAGAACCAAAUGAUUGGUGCUCGGUGCACAAAGCGAAGUCGUCAGAACCAGGGCCUGACGUGUCCGCCGCCGCCGGGAAAGAGGCUGAGGAGGAGGCCCCGGUGACCACCUGCAUGAGUGCCCGGCGCUGCGCUGGCGAGGAGGCCCUCGUGGUGCAAGCGGCCUGCCGCGUCCUCCUCAUCGGUACUGGUGCCGAUGAACUUCUGGGCGGCUACUCCCGACACCGCACGGCCCGAGUGAAGCGCGGCGCCGAAGGGACCCGAGAUGAGAUGCUGAAGGACUUGCAGCGGCUGUGGACGCGCAACCUGGGCCGGGAUGACCGCAUCAUUGCCGACCACGGCCGGGAAGCCAGACACCCCUUCCUGGACGAGCACCUGCUGCGCUUCGUCGGAAGCCUUCCCAUUGACCUCCUGGCAUAUGGACCCGGAGGCCGUCGUGCUUGUGACAUUGCGAACAUGAUCGCUCCCGCGGUGGCCUCCACCAAAGCCCAAGUUGUGCAACAUGCCAGGUGGCAAUCCUCCGAGAAAGGCCAGUGCUUGGGCUGCCAGGGCUCGUCAAAGGGCAGCUCCUCAGCACUGCUGCUAGCGGCGUUUUGCGGGGGUGUUGGCACCCAGAUGCGGCGCAAAGGUGCACGAAGCGUCGCACUGCAGGCCACAACGAAAGCGGAAGACCCAGUACCGGCGCCGAAGGCACCACCGGCAACGGCCAGUGUGGCACGCGGCUGGCAAGAAAUCUGCGGGUGCCCGGUCUUCGUCCCAUCGGAACCGAGAAGGCACGUGCACUUCAUUGGUGGCGCUUUCGUCGGUGCCUCCCCGAAGCUCUUUUACAAGGACUUUUUGGAGAGUCUUGCGGAAGAAGGCGAGGCAGUUGUAGUUGCAACACCGUACAAACUGACGUUUGACUACGACGCCAUGGCGACGGAUACUUCGAGCAAGUUCGAUCAGGUGGUGGCCCAGUUGGCAGAGGAGGAUCCCACAAUGAAGGAUCUUCCAUCAGCAGCAAUUGGUCACUCGUGCGGGGCGUUGCUGCAUACAUUGCUGGCCGUCGCCCAUGGCCGGCACGAGGCCUGCAUCCUCAUGGCUUUCAACAACAAGCCCGUCUCAGAUGCGAUCCCUGUGCCCCUCCCCCCACCUCCCGAAGACCUCAAGCUCCGGGAGCGCCUCCGCAACGGCGUCGAGGGAGCCCUCGCCGAUGCUCCGGUGGAGGAGGCGCUGGCGGCCGCGGAGCGGGCCAUCCGAGCCGCCGGCGCUGCGGCGCCCUCCGAGGAUUUCUCAUCGCGCACAGCGCCAGUUCUUUCGCAGUGGGGCCCACUGCUUGGGAGCGUGGUGGAGGGCCAGACGGAGUUCACUUUGUCAACAGAGGACAUCUCAGCGCGAGUCUUGUCGGAGUUUCCGUCUACACGCACCUUGGUGGUGCAAUUUGCGAACGACUUCACGGACGAGAGCGAUCGCCUGAUGGACUUGAUCCGCCAAGGCGGCGGUGAAGUCGAGAAGCUGCGCUUCCCAGGUGGCCACACGACUCCGCUCGAUGCGCCCCUGGGAAGUUCCCGGAUACAACGGCUCUCUCAGUCCAUUGCAGCCUUUGUCCUGCAGCGUCCACUGCCAGGCCAAGACGCUGCGCAGGAGGAGCUGAAGGACCGCUUCCUUCGGCUCACCGCCGGCUGCAACCGGGGCUUCUCUGCACUGCAGCCCGGGCAACGGGCGGAGAUCAUGACCUGCGUCGAAGAGCUGGAGGCCUUGAAGCCGAGCUUCCGGAAGCCGGGCCCCGGGGAGCCUUUGGAAGAAGACGUUUUCGUCUCCGCGCUUUCUGGGAAGUGGCGCCUGAUUUGGGCGACGUCGCCGGACGUCCUUCUCCUCACCUCCCUGCCUCUUGCCGACUGCGGAGAGAUCCGGCAGGAUAUCGAGAGGGCGGGCCCAGAUGACCCUGGGGCUACUUUGAGUAUCACCAACUCUGUGGAGCUAUCUCCCAAGGGCAUCGGGGUGCUUGGAGUGGUGCUUCCAGAUCUGGCGAGGGCAGUCACCAUACUCUCCAAGGUGCAGGCCACGGGCAAGCUGCUUCCGGACGACAGCGUUUCUAUCAGCUUUCAGAGCGCCUGCCUUGAACCAGCAGUGCAGUCAGAGGGGAUGCCCUCCUUGCCACUGCCACUGCCAUCGGUUGCCCUGACCUCCGGGGAAGGAGCGAGUAUCCGUCUGCUGUCGACUUUUGUGGACAACGAGCUCCGCAUUGCACGGUCACCACUUGGUGAUGUCUUCAUAUUUUCCAGGACCUUGUAG